ACUGGUAUACAUCUUAUUCUAUUCAUAUAUCAAGAUCAAAUAGAUAGCAUGAACUCGUCAUCACAUGGGGAUUCAUCGUCACGACCAUCUUCAGAGUCACUGCCAUUAAGGAAAUCAACUCGGGACUGGAGUAAACCGGUAAAAACUAGUGUACAAGAUCUAUCUUUGAUUAGUCGAACAUCUCACGGUGCUAAUAAUACGCCCAGUUUGAAAGACGUGAACUUGCAAAUAGAACUCUGGAAUGACAUUUGUAAAAAGACAAUGGAGAUAAAGGAUCCAACAGAUAUGAAACAAUGGACAAUGUUGGUGGGAUUAUUACGUAAAUUACGUGAAGGUAUAUGGGCUACUAGAUGGAGUAAAGGCAAUUAUCCCUUUGCCAUUAAAGUUUAUGAAGAAUCUGUCCAUACUAGUUUGCGUGCAAAAGAAUUUGGUGAAUACAGAAAAGCGAUUCGUGGAUUGGUAGAUGAUCUGUACCAUUUGCAUAAGGGCAUUAACGGACAUUAUUUGGCCUUGGAUCUUAUUUAUCAAUCUUGUCAUUUACAACAACCUCAAGAAGCCAUGCAAUCAUUGUAUUUGAUUGAACCAUCAAGUAUAACUCAAAAAGCUGAAGAAAUCGUUUAUGCAAAACAAGUCAUCCAUGCCUUGACAACCCACAAUUGGAUACAAUUCUUCCGUUUGUAUCAACAUCCUCCUCAUCCUGCAUUCUCUGUUGUUUUGGAAGCAAGUAUCGAACCAUUACGGCGAUAUGCGCUCAAGGUCAUGCAAAAGGCUUAUUACUCUGUACCUAUUCCUUGGGUGGCCCAUUCUUUAGGUUUGAUGCAACCAUCUGAUCACAUUAUUCCUCUUCUCCAUAGUAUAUAUCCCCUUAGAAUAGAUAGGAUAGCAAAUGAUACCAUUUAUUUCUCAAAACGAAAAUAAAAAAGAAAAAUCACUCUUA